UAUAUCUCAGUAUGGAAGCGUUCCGAACUGAAGCAAGGAUGAGAAAACUCUGACAGACAGACGACACAGGAAUCUAGCACUCGCACCAUCUUUAUACCAAAAUCACUUACUGAUUUUUUUACUGGAGCGCUGAAUGAUGUUUCUGCUGGCUGUGCUCUGCGUGUUUUACAUCUGGAGUCCAGCAACGCUGACCGGCGGAUUGGGAUCGACACCGAAUACCAUACCUCGCAAAACAGUGCCAAUUAGUAGUAAUGGAGGACGUUUGUUUCGCGAGGAGGGUGUUUGGAACUACACCACUAUGCUUCUGAGGGAAGAUCUCAACAUGCUCAUCCUGGGUGCCAGGGAGGCCAUUUUUGCCCUCGAACUUGAUGACAUUACAGUCAAAAAGGCCACGGUGAAUUGGCCAGUCACAAAUAAGGAGCAAAUAGACUGUUCCAAUAAGGGAAAAGAUGCUACAAAUGACUGCAAAAAUUAUAUCAGAAUUCUUCAUAAAAGAAACGAUGACCGAAUGUAUGUUUGCCACGACUUUCCCGAAAAACCAAAUUUUAUCCACAUGGCCCACAUACGGGAGGGAGAAUCGAACCCAGAGGGGGACGAGGACAAGCUCUAUCUGUUCUUCAGUGAGACAGCAGUGGAAUAUGACUCCUACACCAAGAUGGACGUCUCUCGAGUAGCUCGCGUGUGCAAGUCAUUUACAGAGAAUGAACCAAAUUUUAUCCACAUGGCCCACAUACGGGAGGGAGAAUCGAACCCAGAGGGGGACGAGGACAAGCUCUAUCUGUUCUUCAGUGAGGAAAUUGAGAGUGGUUCAGUGCUGAAAGCUGUGAAUUAUAACAGCGAGAUGGCCAUUAUGGAAGAGAUUCAGCUAUUUGGGCCCUCAGAGCCAGUGAAGAUACUGCGAAUUUCCAACACCAAACUGUACGUGGGUUCGGAUGUGGGCGUGGUUCAGCUGUCCAUCAAUGAAUGUGGGCGGUACCACACGUGUCUGGACUGUGUUCUGGCCAGGGAUCCAUACUGUGGCUGGGACCUCAAUGCUGACCAAUGCUCUACCAUAAACAGCACACACAGAACCAGCACUGUGAUUCAGAAUUUGAGUUAUGGUAAUGCCAGCCGAUGUCCACAAACAGGAUACCAAGACGAGUGUCAAAUGACUGCAUCUUAG